CGAUCACUCGCGAGCUUGGUAGUCGACGGUCUUGGCAUUUGCGCUAGAGGAGAAAAAAUGUUGGAGCGUCAUCGCACCUAGACCAGACAUAUGAGAGAUGCUUCCUAUAUACAAAUUUCUUCCUGUUCAUUGACCCUAGAAGAUCGUGCGGCGCUGGGAGUCGUGUGUUUCCCACUCGAGCGACAUGUUCUAGGUUCUUGUAACGAUCAUUUAUUAUCCUCCACCUAUCACCGAGAUUCGAAAGAUGAAUUCUAGUGUAUUCGUAAAGGCGGCGCUGCCGUCGCGCAUGCUCUCCCCAGCUCAGAUAUGUCGAAGACAACGGUUACGAAAUAGUUUGCGACAGCGCAGGACACCGACUAACUCAAUAUCCUACCUGUCAACGAGACCUGUACAACCACCCGCGAGGCCGUCACCUCUGGGAUCCGCCCAAAAGAGGCCAUUCCACGCAACCUCGAGCCACCUCGCCAUCAAGGAUCCAUACAAAGCCCUCGGUGUUGAGAAAUCUGCUACGGCUAGUGAAAUCAAGAAGGCGUAUUAUGGUCUAGCAAAGAAGUUUCAUCCUGAUACGAAUAAGGAUCCAUCAGCCAAAGACAAAUUUGGUGAAAUCCAGUCGGCAUACGAAGUUCUAUCUGACCCCAAGAAAAGGGAACAAUAUGACCAGUUCGGCGCGGCUGGGUUUGACCCGGAUGGUGCAUCUCAUCCAGGGGGUGGUAGUCCUUUUGGCCAAGGGAGCCCGUUUUCGGGCUUCGGAGCCGGAGGUGGCUUCGGGGCUGGCUUUGACUUUGAGGAGUUGUUCAAUGCAUUUGCCGGUGCUUCUGGGGGCAACCCGUUCGGCGGCAGUGCAGGUCAUGGUCGUGGUUUUGCACAUGAAACGCUGGUUGGAGAAAAGAUUGAAGUGCAAACAAGCAUAUCGUUUAUGGAGGCGGCUAAGGGCACAAGCAAAACCAUCACAAUACACCCUUUGGUUACAUGCCGUACUUGUACCGGAAGCGGCUUAAAACCUGGAGCUCGACGAACCCAGUGCAAGUCGUGCGGCGGAUCGGGUACGCAGGUGCAUUUCAUGCAAGGAGGUUUCCAGAUGGGGUCGACCUGUUCUACUUGCGGAGGCACUGGCCAACGGACCUCUCGAGGGUCAGAGUGCAGGACUUGUCACGGAGAUGGAGCAGUCAAGACUCAAAAAACGCUUACUGUCGAUAUUCCCGCAGGUAUCGAGGAUGGCAUGAAACUUCGGUUGGAUGGGGAAGGGGAUGCACCAAUCACUGGGGGUAUGACUCCGCCUGGCGCUCGUACGGCAAGAGGCGAUCUAUAUGUCGUGGUACGAGUGGCAGCAGAUCCGAAAUUCAAGCGUGCGGGCUCGGAUAUCCUGUACACUGCGAGUAUUCCCGUAACUACUGCUAUGUUGGGCGGAGAAGUCACAGUCCCUACGCUGGAGGGCGAAGUGAACGUCAAGGUUGCGACAGGCACGAAUACAGGAGACAAGAUUACUCUGGGUGGUAUGGGGAUGAAACAGCUGGGCUCACGCCGUGGAGCGACAGGUGACCUCCGGGUCGAGUUCCGCGUAACGACGCCCAAGUAUCUUUCCGCGAGCCAGCGCACCAUCAUGGAGAUGCUGGCUGAUGAAAUGGGUGAUAAAACGGCCAAACGAAUCAUGAACGUCAAAAUGCCCGACUCCAGAAGUACAGACUCAUCGUCAAGACCUAGGGAGGCAACGAAAGAUGAUGACCCAGCCACACACAGGAGUGAAGGGUUUCUUAAAUCAAUGUGGCACAAUCUGACCAACCAUCCUGCUCAUCGAAAUUCAUCAGAGGUAUUCGGUGCGGAAGAAAAGAAGGCCCAAGACAACCAGUCUGAAACUAAGGCUGAGAAGACGAAGGGUCCCAAGGAAGAGUCGAGCGAGAAUAAGCCUUAGAUCACCUAGGGAUGAUCCAGCGUGUUGAACAUUGAAUGUAUCAUUUGCAGCACUGGACUGGUAGCCAUUGUACAACCAAUUUCUUAGUACUUUAGAAUGGAGGCACAGUACAGACGGGCUAAUGCAUCGGGCGGUGUUGAUGAGCGGACGCAUGUACUUGGACUUUUCGAUCUUUUCCUGGAGGAAAUUAGACUUUCACGCCGCGGGGCUGUACCGCACUCUCAUGACUGAUGUUGGCGAUGAGAUCCUAGACGUAGGGGGGCUCUUUUUUGACGCCCCUCGCGUUCUAGCAUUUGUAUACUAAUCAACAAUGUACUCGAUGCAGCAUUUGGCAACCGCAGCCAUCGCGGCACGUUGAAGGUCACUCUACUCAUCAAAAAAAAAUAUGGCAAUAAAAUCUAAUUAGUUUUGGUUAAUUUGAAGAUUCCAAUCCACGUUGACCUCAAGAGUGCUAGUACAUGGCCUUGAGUACCAGUUAUGUCCUAUUACGGUGUGCAAUCUUGUUCUCGGUGAAGAUACUGACACAUGCUAUACAGAAACUACCUAAUAACUGUGUAUCACGGCGGUGAGGAUCGGGUAGUUAUCUCGCAGUCAUAGGUGGCCACAGAAACGACUGCUUA